GAAUUCUGGCGUUUAAGUUAGUAAUUAAUAGUCACCAAACGAAAAUCAGUCCAUCACGAAAAGUUCAAUGCACGACUGCCAAGGGCUGCUAAACAAGAUGACCGGUCGCCGCUCCUUCAUGCUUUGUUGACGUGGUAACUUCUGACGGUGCUGGACAGGAGAUACUCUAACUUCGAGUUCUGAAGAUUGUGCGUUGAUUCCCAGUUUAUAUAGGCAUCUGAAGACGUGUGCAACAGAAUGCACUCCACAAGAACAUCGUGCAGAACUCAUAACUUACGAUGUAAAUUAAUUCGCCGACCAAUCAAAUCAUUCCAAAAACGAAAAGCCACCAGACAGGUGCUCCACAGAUCACGGUCUGGCUAUACGAACAGACAAAAACAAAAUGUCAGCCACCUUGCCGAACACAUGUUUGCUCUCCAGGUACGCCGAAUGCAUCAAUGCUUUCAACUUUGGCCUCAAGUGGCCUUACUUGCCCUUGACCAACCACAUGUCCAAGAAAAACAACAGUAGCUUUAGCAAAAUCACUUUUACCCAAGUUCACAGUCAACCGGGCUUUAGAAAGUCUACCAAACAGUUCCUUGAUUUGACUAAUAUGCUGAUUCCAACUAUGACUAUAAACAACAAUAUCAUCAACAUAAGCCUGACAUUGUUCUACUCCAGAAAUGACCUGAUUAAUCAUUCUUUGGAAUGUAGCCUGAGAAUUUUUCAUUCCAAAUGGACAAACCAGAUAUUCGAAUAACCCAUCAGCGGUUACAAACGCAGAGAUUUCUCUGGCCCGUUUAGUUAAUGGUAUUUGCCAGUAACCUUUCAAAAGGUCAAACUUGCUAAUAUACUUAGCAGUUCCUAAUUUAUCAAUGCAGUCAUCAAUUCGUGGGAUAGGAAACGAAUCUGAUUUGGUCACAGCAUUAACUUUGCGAAAAUCUGUACAGAACCGUACACUACCAUCAGGUUUAGGAACAAGUAAACAAGGAGAACUCCAGUUACUAAAACUAGGUUGAAUAAUGCCGUUCUCAAGCAUAUAAUCUAUUUCUUUUCGGAUAAGUUCCUGUUUUUGUGGAUUAACUCGAUAAGCAUGUUGCUUAAUUGACUUGGAAUCACCAACAUCAACAUCAUGUUUAAUAACAUUUGUUCGACUGGGAACAUC